UCGAAAAGCUGUUAGAUCAAUCUCUGCUGAAUUAAAAUGUGAAACACGAUGUAGCUGUUGUUACUAAUCAUGUGCAUAUUGUUUUCUUGGAUAUACUUUGGAACCUAUAUAUUCAUCAUUUUUUACUUAAUCGCCUAGGACGGCAAUGGGAAGCAGUAGUUAUAUUCUGAUGAGAUUCUGUGAUAUAUAAUCCCUGAUCUUGUAUGAAAUGAUCUGUGAGGGAGAGAAUCGGGUCCCGAUUUCUACCUUACGUAAUUCAACACUGCGUUCAGAUUGUGUUUCACAAAGCAGAUACCAAUAGAUGAAGAUUUCAUGGUGACCGGAGAGUUGGCCACAGGUUGUGGGUAUAUGGAAGACAGUUAUAGCGCUGCCUAAUUCAUACUCAAAUUCUACUGUUCUCAACUCAAAUCCAUAGUGGGACACUUAUAGUAACACAUACAGUGACAGCCACACUCCAAACAUAAAUAUAUGCGCACCGCACAUUUCCAUCUAUUUAAAUAAUCUGAUAUAUGUUACAUUAUUUAAGACAUGAGAGUAGACUUUCUAAUAUGAUAUAUUGACUAGCAACUUCUUUUUUCAUAAGAAAACAUGUUGCAACUUUUUUUAUUCUGUGACGAUUUGUCCUAGCGUUUUCAUCUGUUGGCAACUAUCUGAUCUGAUUACCAAUUCAGAGAGUAAGCAAUCACUUUGAUAAUGAACUAAUUAAUUGUUUGGUUAUCGAUUUAUUUGCUAAAAAUAGAAGUUACCAGAAAAACGAGAAAAUAUUUUUCACAUUUUAACGUUGAAUUCCUUUUUUCUUAAGUGUGAAACAUAUCUGAAAAAUGAUUCUUAUCCAUUUCUAUUACCUAAGUCUUAUGAUGAUGUUGAAGACUUAGCUGUUGAAAACUGGAGUGAUUUUCUUGAAAGUGAACCAUUUCGUGUAAAUGCUCAGUGUGUUCGUUCAAUUGGACCAUGGUCAGCGGGAACGAAAUCAGAGGAAUCAUCGAUUCAUAAUACUUAUAUACAAAUGAUUGAUGCUGCUAAACAUUUUAUAUAUAUUGAAAAUCAAUUCUUUAUUACUAUUGCUCAAGAUUCAGUAGUUCGAAAUCAAUUAGCUAAUGUUCUUUUUCGACGUAUAGAACGAGCACAUAACAAUGCUGAAAAAUUUCGUAUUUAUGUUGUUCUUCCUCUUCUACCUGGUUUUGAUAAUACGAAUGCUGUACGAGCUGUACUCUAUUUUAUUAUGUGUUCAAUUAC